AGCUAGUUGCUCAAAAAACAGCAAACAAGUGAAUUAACUCACCAUCUGGUGAGAAAAUAAAACAUUGUACUAUGAUUGCAUAUCAGUGCCAAUAUAAAUGAAUUGCCAAGACCAAAGUGAGCGGUGGAACAGCGUUUUAAACAAAAAUUAAAAUAAAGCAAUAAAUACAAAAUAUAGCCUCAGCAAGAAAUAAAAAAAUAAACAAAAGCGGAAAACACAUUAAAAUCUACGGAAAGCUUCAUAGAACUAACAACAUAAAGUGCCGAGCUACCCGCCUCAGCAACUGCAAAAAACCAUAAAAAAACAAACAAAUGAGAGAAAAAAACAAAAAAACUCCAGUGACAUGUGCAUUUAAUUACUACCAGACUCAGACAAACGCCCAUUUAUUUGGUGAUGCAUCUAUACAGUGGCGCGCAUAAAAAUCCAGACCCAACAAGUGCAGCUUUUGCUGCUAUUUUUUGAUACUUUGUUUUUAUUAAUUAAUAAAUGCUUGAAGUUACUUAUUAAAAAAGAUCGUUUGAACUAAUAUUGCUCAAAGUCACUAGGAAUAUACCAAUGUUGUGUAAAACUUGCGAAAACAAUUUGCUAAUUUAAUUGGGAACUCUUCUUGAAAUCCACCAAAGCAUCAUGGCAUCCACAACGACAGAAGAUCCGGAUAUAAAAGUGACUCUGGAGGAUUUGCCAAUAACAUUUAGGGUAAAAUACGUAGGCUGCGAAGUGGCUCGUGGAAUUUGGGGCAUUAAAUAUACCCGACGCCCGGUGGACAUCAUGGUUUCGGCAGCCAAGCGCAAGACACCCAAACAACCCUUAACACAAUGUAACCUCAAAGUAUCAACUGAAGGCAUUACUGUCGACAUAAUAGGCUCACAAUCAAAUAUAAAUAAUUGGUCAUAUCCGAUUGAUACCAUUUCAUAUGGCGUACAAGAUAUAGUCUUCAACCGCGUAUUCGCAAUGAUUGUCGUGAAAGAUGAAGAACAUCCGAAUCCUUUCGAAGUGCACGCUUUCGUGUGCGAUAGUCGUGCAACGGCUAGAAAACUUACAUAUGCGCUGGCGGCCGCAUUUCAAGAGUAUUCGCGGGUUGUAGGUGCGACAGGUAAAACAUCACAGACCGAUAGCAUUACGCCAACACGGCAAAGAUUCGCAAUCGAUUUGCGCUCACCCGAGCAACAAGCAGGCGAUGAGGAGGAAGAGACGGAGGCCUAAGCUAGCUAUGAAUGCUGAAGAUAAUUUAGUCAAUUGAUGUUUACCAAACGAUAUCGACAGCGGUGUAAUGUGAUUCAAGUGAAAAAUUGAUGCGUACUUAAGUUAUAUCAAUGAGUCCAUACAAAGUAGUUGAUGUUUAAAGCUUUAAGAGAGUAUUUUUUUUUUUUAACGGAUUAAAGCAACCAAAAAUAAUUUUUUGCCUCAGUAUGUUGUAUGUUGUAGAUAUUGCAGCUUUAUGUGUAUUUAGUAUUUCUGUAAUUAGACACUAGUUUCGAAAUUGUGUAUUUGAAAAAGCCAAAAAAAAUUUCUAUCCACCAGAAUUCUUAUAUUUAUAUUUCUUAAUUUAAGCAAACUGUGAACUGUUAAUUUUAAUAAAAAUGAAAAUAAUGUACUCUGUGUAUAUAGGUAUAACAUAA